CUUCAUGACCUAUAACAAGAUGCAUUUCCAGGGACAGUCACUGUUCCUUUGGAAAAACGCUGCAAUGAACAUGGUCGACUAGUGGGCGCAUGAGCAGCAACAGCAGAGUUGGAGCUGCAGACUUUAAGCCUUGUUGACAAGAAACAACCUUCAAGCUGCUGCAACAGCCUACUGCACAGGCUGCUUGUGCUCGUUCAGAAGCCUCAGGAGGUUUAAAGGACAUCAGGAUUUUUCAGUCAUGGCCAAGAGUCCUGGUCUCCCACACCGUGGCUGCCUGAGUCCUGAUGGGAUACUGAGGGAGAUCCAGAUCAACUUGCUGGAGUGCAAAGUGUGCUUCGAGAUGUUCAGCUCUCAGCAGAGGGAGCGCAGACCGCAGAACCUUUCCUGUGGCCAUGUACUCUGUCUGGAAUGCAUCGCAGCUCUGUCCCACCCUCUCCUGAGGAAGCUGGAGUGCCCUUUUUGUCGACAGCUGUGCAGUGUUGACAGCACCUCCCACUGCCAGGUUCUCAGUGAUCUGCACGAGCUUCUGCUGUCUCAGACUCCUCCAUCUUCUCGCAGUCCCAAAGCAAGCCUUUUUUCAUCCACGGGUCUGACACGCGCAGCUCUACACCUUCAAGCUGCAUUUGGAGGGUGGGGGACUCUCAUCAACCCCACUGGGAUCGCUGCGCUGGGAUCUAAAGGAACCAUAGUUGUGGUGCACGAUGGAGAAAAGAGAGUGGUGGUGUUCAACGUGCAGGGGAGAAAGCUGCACAGCUUCGGGCGAAAGGGCUCGGCCACCGGCGACGUUCGUUACCCCGUGGAUGUGGCCGUGACCACCAGUGGUUACGUGGUGGUGACAGAUGCAGGAGACAGAGCUGUGAAGGUCUUCACUUCCAGAGGAACGCAUCUGUUGACAGUCAGGAAGUCCUUGAAGCUGCCCUGGGGGGUCGACACAGACGCCUGUGGGAACAUCCUGGUGUCAGAUGCUCAGGCCGGCACACUGUCCCAGGUGAAAGUGGACUAUGGUCAUGGGGUCAUUUUAGAGCAUCAGACUGUCAUCUCAGACCUGCAGUGCCCAAAAUCUGUAGCCUGCUGUUUUGGAAAUGGAAACAUUGCUGUGAUGGAGCGUCCAACUAAAACCGGCAAGUAUCAAUACAGACAGUUGAAAGUAUUUACUGAAGACUUCGACCUUCUGCAUCAGAUCGACAGCUUCAGCUUGAGCCUGACGGCCACGGUGAGGCUCAACAUGUCAGGAGUGGGCUUCGACAGAGACGGAGACGUGAUUGUGACCGAUUCUGAUCAGGGGAUGGUUUUCAGUCUGGGAAACCUGAAGGACGACCGCCCCGUCCUCACUCCUCUGGUGGCAGACCGCCUCAUCCGCCCUGUUGGAACGGUGCUUCAGAACAACACGCUCAUUGUUCUGGACAGUGGAGAUCACACAGUCAAGAUUUAUUCUGCUGAAGCAAUUUCUUCACACUUUGUUUAGUUCCUGUAUAAACCAAUUUCAAACAGAGAGAAGAGGGAAAAAAACAAAUAAUAUAUGAAAACUUUCCUGUAACCCUGCACCCUUACAUUGAAUGAAUGAAGAGUCUAAUUCAUCCAUCUUUCAUCUCCACU